CACGAACGCGAACGGCAUAAAUAAUAAUCAGUCUGUUUAACUUCACAGCGUUGAUCUAUCGUCCGUCUAAUUUGAAUUAUAACUAUGGCCAGUUCAAAAUCAAAAUUGAUUAAAACGUACGUCUUUUUCGAUUUGGAAACAACCGGUUUAAUGGGUUUUAAGGAAGAUGUGCCUAGCAUUACUGAAUUAAGUAUGGUCGCGGUGGACCGAAUCCAUUUUCUGAACACGCCUCCAUACGAUGUGCCACGAGUGCAAAACAGACUAUUACUCUGUUUUAACCCGGAAAAGAAGAUGAGUGUAGAGAGUGUAGAGUUAUCAAGACUGAAUAACGCAUUGCUGGAGACGCUAUCACCUUUUGACAAGAACAGCUGUGACCUUAUUAAACUGUUCAUCAGUCGCCUGCCGAAACCAGUUUGCCUGAUCGCUCACAAUGGGUUAACAUUCCACUUCCCAAUUUUACAACAUUAUAUGAAGUUGAACGCCGUCGAACUGGAUGCUGAUGUUAUGUGUACCGAUAGUCUUUAUGCAUUUUAUGAUAUCUUCGGCAUGGGACAUGUUAAGCAAACUAAAACGUUCAACGAAUUGAUAAGAUUAAAGUACUACCAAUUUGAGUAUAAAGUGAAGUCAGAAUAUAAACCCUCGCAACCAUUUAAAUUGCAGCAUAUAUACGCACGAGAAGUACAAUGGCCUCUUUACGAUUCUAGUAAGUCUCAGUGUCAGACACUUCAGGUGCUAAAGAUAGCACUGAAAAAAGCGGAAAAAGUAAUUGAAUGGAUUGAUGCAAAUCACUGUAAAUUUUCCGAAGUUAUUGUCGGUGAAAAUAAUCAGUAAAAGACCAUAUUAUUCAACCUCGGACAUUCUGCCGACCUCAAAAUUAUUAGGUUAAAACCGGAUAAAGAAUUACUUGGCCAAGGAUAAGAAGUUAUUGCAACCUACGGAGCUGUGUUACUGCUGUAACGAGGAAUAUCAACCUUAUGGUUUACCACGUAGGAAACUUUUUUAUAAACACCUGAACUGUUUAAGUGUGUGUGUUACAAUAAACUAACAAAUAUGUAUAGUAAGUACACACAAAUGUAGUAAGUGCUCUGGCAAGAACAGUG